CCAAGAACGUGACGGUUGAUUAUUGGCGGAAGACAAGUGGAUCGGUGGAUCAGUAACUCUACUUAGAUGACAUGAUGCCGGCUUUUUGGCAAUGUCUUUGGAUUGCCCUCCUUCUGAUGAUGCCACACCAUUCAGAAGCUGCCUCCAAGAGAGUGAAAUUGUGCCUCCAGCCGAUGAUUAGUGGCCGGUGCUUCGGAUAUGUGGAGAGCUAUGCCUACAAUCCCAUCAAGCGCCACUGCGAACCCUUCAUCUACGGCGGAUGUGGCGGGAAUGACAACCGAUUCAGCACCAAAGCCGAAUGCGAGUUCAACUGCCGUGAUAUUUAG